GACUAAGACUUCUCCUCUCCUGUCCAAGCGCUUCGGUGCGGGGACAGCGGCCGUCCUCAGCCAACCCCGUGCAGGCUCUCCACCGAAGGCUGGCUCUAGAUGGUGGUAUGCGCACGAUAGUCUAGUGCUGGCCCACUGCUGCUGUGGUUCUCUGACGGUUGUGCUUCUUGUUAAUCCUCUGUCGUGCUUGACUCCUUAUUGAAAUGGGACAAUUUGGAAACGGUUCUUUGAUAAGCCUGAGAAGAGGAUUUCCCUUUGGGCACUGAGCCCUCUGCAUGACGUUCCCAUGCACCCAAGGGAGUUUUUCCCCCUUGUCAAGUGGACUCCCGUGUGGAAGAAGCCACGCUGCGAGCACCUCUUCCCGGAAAAGGAGCGCAAGAGGACGACUUGUCUCAGAAAGGCCUUCGCAGGCUUUGUGCUCAGCCCGUUCAUUUGAGUUUGCAUGUUUCUCUGCACUAUGGAUUUUGAGCAUUUAAAUUUUCUUAAUCAAAUAUGUUGAACUGCCACAGUAGACAUCUUUCUGAGGCACUGUGUUUUGCAUGAGAGCAGGCCAAAGGUUGAGAGGGAAAAGUAAAGUUAAAGUUGGUUCUCUUUCAUAGCAACAUGUACUCUCUGACAUUCAGCCAGCUUUAAAAGAUUUUUUUCAGUAGUUUCCCUAUCUUCCUAUCCUGUAUUCAGAAAAAGCAGCUGGGACGUUUCUCCAUGAACUUGUGAGAAUCACAGGACUGUCUAGCUCUUAAGUCCUGGUCGUAGACUAGUUAGUGGAGUAGUGACUUGACCUUGACAGUGCAGACGGGUGUCAUGUGCGUGCCCAGGGGUUUCAGUUCUUCCUGUGUUUGGUUUUCAGGAACUACAUGAAUGACAGCCUUCGCACAGAUGUUUUUGUGAGGUUCCAGCCUGAGAGCAUCGCCUGUGCCUGCAUCUAUCUCGCUGCCCGGACGCUGGAGAUCGCUUUACCCAAUCGUCCCCAUUGGUUUCUUUUGUUUGGAGCAACUGAAGAAGAAAUUCAAGAAAUCUGCUUAAAAAUCCUGCAGCUGUAUACUCGGAAAAAGGUUGAUCUGACUCACCUGGAGAGUGAAGUGGAGAAGCGCAGACACGCCCUCGAUGAGGCAAAGGCACAGGCCAAGGGCCUGCUGCCCGGCAGCACCCAGGUGCUGGACAGUGCAUCGCGGUUCUCGCCUGCCCCCAAGCCUGUGGAAUCCCCCAAAGAAGGCAAAGGAAACAAGCCUUCCCCACUCUCCGUGAAGAACACCAAAAGGAAAGUGGAGGGUGUGAAGAAAUCCAAGGUGGACAGUCCGGUGAAUGGCUUGCCAAAGGGGCAGGGGAGUCGAAGUCGGAGCGGGAGUCACGAGCAGAGCUACUCAAGGUCCCCGUCACGUUCCGCGUCCCCUAAGAGAAGGAAAAGUGACAGUGGCUCCACAUCUGGUGGGUCCAAGUCGCAGAGCCGCUCUCGGAGCCGGAGUGACUCCCCACCACGUCAGGCCCACCGGGGCGCCCCCUACAAAGGCUCCAAGGUGCGGAGCUACCGAAGAUCCAAGGACUGCAAGUACUCUGCCCAGAAGCCACACAAGUCCCGGAGCCGGAGCUCCUCCCGCUCUCGGAGCCGCUCACGGGAGCGGGCGGAUACUUCUGGAAAAUACAAGAAAAAAAGUCAUUACUAUAGAGAACAGCGACGGGAGCGUUCUCGGUCUUAUGAGCGAACAGGCCAUCGCUAUGAGCGGGACCACCCUGGGCACAGCAGGCACCGGAGGUGAGGGGUGGGGUCCCCACAGGACGGUGCUUUGGCCCUUGGUGUGGACACCUCAGCUGCUGGCCCUGGGGCGUGACUCUUUAUGGAUAUAGUUGUUGACUCUGGACCGUGUGAUGAAUUUGGAGAUGGCAUGGAGAGGCUGGCAAGAUGCCCAUUCGUCUGGCCCGGGCCCAGCCCCCAGCUCUUGCCCAGUGCCUCAGCAGCAGCCCUGCUAGAUGCAAAGGCGGGGCACAUGUUCCAGCAGCGGGGUUUGGUGCUACGACAGGCUGUCUGUUCACCCCCGAACCCAUACUUAAUUACGUCAAACCAAGAAAAUGACUUCGAACCUUUGCCUAUAUUAGGUUAUACUAUGUAUGUAUUUUGCAGUGUUUUCACGAUGAGAAAAUGGCCUUAAUAGCCCCUUACUCUGUCCACGUUGUAAAUAAACAUGUGUUUAAUACGAGUUAAAGCUAUAUAUGAAAACUGAGAACUUGAACUGUCAGCUUAAAACGUGUAGAGAAUUCUGAUUUUUAAAAUGUGAAGGUAUUUAGAUCUGUGUUGAGAGUCGUAUAUUUUUAUCUGUGUGAUGCUGAGUGCAGGCCACCAGCUUCUAGAGAAGUUUCCUAUAUAUGCAUUUUACGUUAUUAAAUAAACAAUUCUCUCUACUCAGGACAUUUGGAAAGUUAAA